GUUGAAAUCAGGCUGUGAGGAAGAGGGAAAACUUUAGAAUGUUCCCAACUUCACCAGCCUGGUGCUUCUUCUGGGAUUUCACGGAUCUCUGUUCCUGGACUUUCGGGCACUGACUGCAAAAAAUAAGAGCACAGAAAUGUUCCUGUACUUGCUUGCUCUGUUGCCCGUCUGGUUCGCCUACCGUUGGUUCAGAGAACGCAAAAGAGUUCCUGGCAAGGAAGACAAAUAUGUUUACAUCACUGGUUGUGACACAGGGUUUGGGAAUCUUCUGGCACGACGCCUGGACCAGCUCGGCUUCCGCGUGAUUGCAGGCUGCUACACCGACAAGGGCGAGGACGAGCUGAAGAAGGUGACCUCUCAGCGGCUGGCCACCGUUCACGUGGACGUCUCUGACUCUCAGAGUGUCAGAAAGGCAGCAGCUCACAUCGAGACCGUUGUAGGACAGAAAGGUCUGUGGGCCGUUGUGAACAAUGCUGGCGUCGCUACGCCCUCUGCUCCCUCCGACUGGCUCACCAUUGACGACUUCAAGCCGAUGCUGGCCGUCAACCUGACCGGAGUGAUCGACGUCACUUUAAGCGUCCUCUCUCUCAUCAAGAAGGCCAGAGGCAGAGUGGUGAACGUCUCCAGUGUGUUUGGGCGGGUCACCCCGGUCAGCGGCCCGUACUGCGUGUCCAAGUAUGGAGUGGAAUCCUUCAGCGACGGCCUGCGCCUCAAUAUGGCACCCUUUGGAGUCAAAGUCGCUAUCAUCGAACCUGGGUUCUUCAAAACAAACGUUACUGAUCGGAUCAUUGUGACCAACAACUUAAAGAUGAUCUGGAGCAAAGUCCCUCCAAGUGUGAAGGACGAUUACGGACACCAGUACUUAGACGACCUGAUCCAAAGUGUGGAUGUACGCUUCCAGCAGCUCCUGGACUCUGACCUCAUGAAGGUUGUCGGCUGUAUGGAACACGCCAUCGCGGCCGUUCACCCACGAAUCCGUUACUCCCCCGGGUGGGAUGCCAAGCUCUUCUGGCUGCCGAUGUCCUACAUGCCAACCUGGAUCACGGAUGCAUUUUUCCUUAAAUGUAUCCCCAAACUCAAAAUAGCUCAGCUGUAGGUUCUGUUAUGUCCAUUAGAGAAAUAUUCAGAGCUGAUUUUCAGAUCAUUCUCUGGUGUGUUUUCACUACAAUCACUGCCACUUCAUCCAUUCUCAUGUUUUCCUCACUGAUCAUCGGAUCUAAACCGCAGUACUGAAGAUGAUUUACAUCUCAUAAUAUUCUUGUACACAGCGUCACCUUCUUUCUGUAUCUCUUGAUUUAGUUGUUUGCGUGCCAAUUUAUCUUCAAACUGGCCCAAUAAUCAAUAAAUGGUAAUUGUGUUUUUGAUUAGUUUUCCUAAUUAAAGAGAAAUGUAUCUUACAAAUUCCAGGACUUGUCAUUUGUCUCAGCAUAUCACAUCACCUCAUGCUGGUGAGCCAGUUUUGCUGAAACAUCAGCAGUAACCUGCUUUUAGGUGAAUAUGUGGCUGUACAGACCAGAUUAUCCCACUAGAGGGCCCUGGAGGAGAACAAAAGACAUCAAGAGCUCUUGAAGGUGAAGCAGUUAUUCCACAUUAUGCUCCAUAUUUCUUUUCCCAGUGAGCUGAAAGAACAGUAUUACUCUAGAGAUACUGAAGUGAAAUGUUUCUCUUCUAGUUUUUGAUAAAUUACUGAAACUUCUGUUUUAUUCAUUACCAGUUCAAAGACCUCA